AUGUCAAAAGUGUUCAAGUUAUUAGUUUUACCACUCAUAUAUCUAUCGCUGACCAAAGGAGGCAAGAACCCGCAGCUGAAGUUCCUUAGAGAGCUCAUCAGUGUUAUGGAGGAGGGUCGAGAAGUUCGAACAAUAAUGGUAAUCAAGCAUAGUCGGGAUGAAAACUGCCAUCUUGACCAAUGGAAUCCAAGUGGAAGCCCAAUCCUGAGGGCCAAUGAAAUGGGCUCCAUCAGGAUUAGUGGCUACUUCAAUGACCAGGCAGUUAUAUUAGCUUGCAUGGGCGAAAAUUCAGACUAUGGGCUGCUUAAAAGUCUGGUCAACGCUAUGGACAACAUGAGGCAGGAGAGGAUCAUACUGUGGAGUCAUAGGGAACCCACGAAGAUGUUGCUGGACUAUAUCUCCCAGCAAGCCGAUAGGUAUAAUUUUGUCCAGAUGAUAAUCGUGGCAAUGAACGAUGAUCUCGAUGCAGUACCAUCACUUCGGCAAUUGAAUCCAUAUCCAACUCCACGCUGCUGCCAAUUAACAAAUAUAUCCAACAUAAAGGGGCCCAGUUUUUAUGGCAGUGGGUUAAGUUUCCACGGUAGAACGGCCAUCCUGAAGGAAAGUGUGGAUUCGAACAUUCGUUUUAAAGUAUGGUCACCAUCAGGCCCAAUUUCCUUAUCCGAACUGAAAGAUUAUGAAAUUGUUCAGUUCGCUGUUAAGUAUAACUUGAGUUUGAAAUUAUAUGAUCAAAAUGAUUCAAAAUCAGACCAUUUCGAUAUACAGUUAGGUCCACGUUUCAUAACCAAAGACUUUCCCACCCAGAUGGCCUUUGUGAGUCCCAACACCGCCUGCUCAUUGAUUGUCAUAGUGCCCUGCAGUCCGAAAUGGCGUUUCAUGGAUGUACUUCACAAAUUGGGUGUACUGAAAUUGAUUGGUUGCUCUUUGAUUGCCUACGUGGUUUUCGUUUUGAUCGAAACCCUGAUACUUUGGCUAACCCACAGGAUAUCCGGUCGAGAAGUUCGUCUGACCAGCUUAAAUCCACUGUUGAAUCCUCGAGCUUUUCGAGGCAUUUUAGGUCUGCCAUUUCCGGAGUUUCGCAGAUCGAGCAUUUCACUACGGCAACUCUUUCUGGUCAUAAGCGUUUUUGGCCUUGUCUAUAGCAAUUUCGUUAGCUGUACAUUAAGUGCACUGCUAAUGAAACCAGCUCAAAACCCUCAGGUGAGAAACUUCAAAGAGUUGAGAGAUAGCGGAAUGAUAACUAUUUUGGAUAAAUAUACUCACUCUUUCAUCGAAAAGCAUAUCGAUCCAGAGUUCUUUGAUAAUGUUUUACCGAACUAUUUAAUUUUCCAAAAGAAAGAAACUCUGAGAAUGCUUUUGAAUUUCAACGAUAGCUACAGCUAUAUAAUGUACACAACUACAUGGAGAUCGUUGAAGACUCUCCAAAAGUCUUUAGAUGAAAGGGUUUUCUGCGAAUCUGAGAGUUUGACCAUCGCCUGGAAUCUGCCACGUAUGUAUGUUCUGGGUAACAAUUCUGUCUUGAAAUGGAUGCUGACAAGGUAUAUCACCUACAUACCACAAACGGGGAUUUUCGAAGCUUGGACUGAAGAACUUCCUAAGAUCCUUAAACUAUUUUACAAUGUUACCUAUCCUCGCAGGAUUAAAGAGGGAGCAGUUCCUCUGUCCAUUCAGCAUUUGAGCUGGAUAUGGCAUCUUCUGGUCAUUGGGGAAAGUAUCGCCAUAGUGGUAUUUAUUCUUGAGAUACUUCUCCAGAAAAGGAACCAACACACAAGCAAUAUGAGAGGAAGAUCAAGGGAAGAUGACGAUUUCGUUUAG